CACAAGUCUAACUGUAUCUGAUUAGCGCAUCUCUAGCGGUCUGUCGUCUUAGUCGCGCGCCUGGUCUCAAACGCGGUUUCUUCGCCAACGAACGCGUUCGAUCUCACACUUUCCCACCCACAUCAACCUAAGACACCAAUAUCAAACUCUGUUGCACUCAUAACUCAUCUUCUGCAUCCGCAACUUCGUACAAGCCGUACAUUUGUACAGCCAGCCGUUCAAUACGAUGUCUGUGGUUUCAUUGCUCGGCGUUAAUGUUCUCAACAACCCCGCCAAAUUCGGCGAUUCGUAUGAGUUCGAGAUCACUUUCGAGUGUUUGGAGCAACUCCAGAAGGACCUAGAAUGGAAGCUCACCUACGUCGGUUCAGCCACCUCUGACGAGCACGACCAAGAACUCGACUCCCUCCUCGUUGGCCCUAUCCCCGUCGGCGUCAACAAGUUCAUCUUCGAAGCCGACCCACCGGACACCAAGCGCAUCCCCGACGCUGAGAUCCUUGGCGUCACCGUCAUCCUCCUCACCUGCGCCUACGAUGGCCGCGAGUUCGUCCGCGUCGGAUACUACGUCAACAACGAAUACGACUCCGACGAGCUCAACGCUGACCCGCCCGCGAAGCCACUCCUCGACCGCGUCCGCAGGAACGUGCUCGCUGAGAAGCCCCGCGUUACUCGCUUUGCAAUUAAAUGGGACUCGGAGGAAUCCGCACCUGCUGAAUUCCCACCUGAGCAGCCAGAGGCCGACUUGGUAGCCGAUGGUGAGGAGUACGGCGCCGAGGAGGCUGAGGACGAAGAGGAGGAGGAGGAGGCUGCCGAGAGAGCUGGUGAGGCUAACGGCGCUGCCGAAGGCGAUGAUGAGGCUAUGGCUGGCGUUGAGGGCGUCGCCCCAGCUGAAGAGGAAGAUGAUGAGGGAAGCGAGGAUCUCGAGGGCGAGAGCAGCGGCAGCGAGGCUGAGGAGGAGGAGGAGGAAGAGGGUGAGGGUGAGGGCGAGGCUGAUGAUGGCAUGGAAGUUGACGAGCCUGAGAAGGCUGCCAACGGCACCAAGGUGGCUGUGUCUGACGCCGUCAUGUCCCAUUAGUGGAGAAGUUACGAUACCCCCCUACGCCGUUUACUGGAUGAAAGGAUGUCAUAACUUCUUUAGGGAAUCUUGUUCUUUAGAUGGGUUCGGAUUUACCGCUUGGAGUAUUUCAGCGUAGAGUCUUUAGUUGAUGUUCUGAG